ACUUUGAUGAAAAACUUGACCACAAAAAUAUUUCAUUUUCUCCUCUAUCCCUAUAUAAGAGCAAGUGUCUCUACUAACCCAACUAGGGUGAGUGAGUGAGUGAGAAAAAUGGAUCACAAAAACUAUCUCAAACAACUCAACAAGCUUUCACAUAACAUCUCCAAACCCAACCACGCCUUCAACAAACACACUCUCCCACAUGAUCAGUCUCAGCCACAAGUCUACAACAUCAGCAAAAACGAUUUCAGGGACAUGGUCCAAAAGUUGACCGGUUCACCCGGUCACACCCCGCAACUCAAGCCGGUUGCCAGUUCUCGUCUCCACCGCCUGCGCCCGCCGCCGCUGCCGCAGAUUGUUAGCCACCGCCCGCCGCAGCCCUCCGGCAGCUUCGCCGUGGCGCCUCCGUCUCCGCUUCCGCCGUUUCCCAGCGUCCACGCAGAGUCACCUGUCUCCGCGUACAUGCGAUUUCUGCGGAGCUCGAUGACGUCAGAGUGGGAGUUUCAGAUACCUUCUUCGCCGGUUCCUCUUCACUCGUUGGGGUGUUCCAUGCUUCCACUUUCACCCACUGUGCCUGUUUCCAGUCCUGGAUGGAGAGAUCUUUGAACUUGUUUUGUUGUAACUUGUACAGAAAGAGACACCUGUUAAAGAUAUCAAGCUAAAGUUAUUCGCCAGCAUCACAAAACGACACAAGACAGCUCAUCAACAACUCAUCAAGAUAAAGUUAUUCGCCAGUAUCACAAAACGACACAAGACAGCUUAUCAACAACUCAUCAAGAAAAAGACAUGUUACCAGCUCCAUAAGAAGACAAGAAACUUUUUAAGAUGUUUUAUGUAAAUUAUUGUACUUUUUUUUCUUUCCUUUCUUACCCUUGUAUUAUUAGGUGAGUCACUACCCCUACUUGUAAUUUACCUAGUCUUAGUUAGUCUAUAUAAGGAGAAGUUCUCCUCAGUUGUAAUCAUCGAGUGUCUUAGUAAUCAAAUAAUAUCCUUGUUCUUCGAUCU